GUUGCGGGCGUUGCGGCAGUCGAGUGCGCGCGGCCGGUGAGCACGCACCCGCAUCAGAACCGGCCGCAUCUCGUACGUGACGUCAGCAGCGUCUGUCGUGCUCGUGCUUGCUCGGCGGGCCGAGCGCGUGCGUGCAGCCAUGAGCGCUGCGUCGAGCGACGACAGCGGCGUGGAGCUACACAAGCGGCGCAACAAGCGCAAGUCGAGCGAGCCCCGGCGCCGGCGGCUGCUGGGCGGCCGGCCCCGCCCCUGCCAGGAUGCGGACACGACCGAGGACGACUCGGCUGAGGAGCGCGUGCCGACGAUUUCGUCGGUCGCCGCCGGCCGCGGCUCCGUCAUCCGCGAGGUGCGGCGGACGGCGCCGGAUGAGGGCCUCGACCUGACCACCACGUCCAACUCGCCGGCUACCUCGGCCACGUCCAACACUGCCGGCGGCACCGAGGGCGAUGACGAGUGCCUCCUCGACUUGCGCUCGACGGCGACCCACUCGUCGAUCUUCGAGUCCCGCGAGACCGGCGUCGUGCUGUUCGGCGGACACAUGACGCUGUCCGAGGAGUCGGCGCGUCGCGCGCCGGCUCAGCCCGCUCGGCCCGGCUCUUGGACUCCACCGUGCAAGAGACGCGCCGCAGACGACGGCGCCCUGGCUGAAAGCUUGCGGGACACCUCCUGCCUCCGGGACAAGCGGAUAGCGCUCUCCGUGUACGAUAAUGCGUCAACGUCCUUCCCUAGUGCCAGCACGUCGACGGCGCGCGAGACAUUCGACGCGAGUGACGUAGAACUAAUUCCGAGGACUAGUAGGACGUCUCCGUGCUUGGACAGUACUAGUGGCGGCAGUCGCGCGGCGCAGCGCAACUACAAGGGCAUGACCAGGCAACGGCGCAUCGAGGCGAAUGCCCGGGAGCGCUCGCGCGUACACACAAUCAGCGCGGCGUUCGAAGCGCUGCGGCGCGCCGUGCCGGCGUACGCGGACAACCAGAAGCUUUCCAAGCUGGCCAUCCUGCGGAUCGCGGCCGCCUACAUCGUGGCCCUAGCUCGGCUCAACGAGAAAGACUACAGCUACGACCAGCGGGCCCCCUCGUUUGCCGAGUGCAUCGACCUGUGCACGCGCACCAUCCAGGCCGAGGGCAAGGCCAGGCGCAGGAGCAGCGCGGCCGCCUCUGCCACGAAGGACUCCCUGGAGCUGUCCAGCUGACGUCGGGACGAGAGCGGCGCGGCGGCACCCAGUCACUCCACGCCCCAACCGUGAGCGCCGCCGACUGCGCCAGCCCCGUCAUCCGCCCAACGAGCGAGCUUGGCUCAGCAACGCGCCAUUACCUGGCAGUGCUGCACCAACCAUAUUGCAGAGAAGCUUACGCGCUCCGUUGUGUAGAGACUGACGCAACCUGUGUGCAAGCUGCUGAGUGUGAUAGCAAGGAGGAAAAGAAAACCCGAACUGCUUUUUUAUUUAAGGAAUUCAUUAGUGACUGUCUUGGUGCGGCGUUUAUUUUGUCAUUGUUGUUGUUCUUGCGUAUUUUCUCGCGAAAGACGGCGCUUACGGCAAUUGUUUGAGUGGUGCUUCUCGUCAGAGUGAGGAAGACGGACACGCCUGGGUAACCAAGCGACAUUUCCGCUAUCCGUGCUGGCGCUGUCGCGAAAACUUAUCUGACUGGCUGCUGGACUGGCCUCGAAGCUGACGUUGCUUCCCUAGCCCAGUGAUUUGAGCAUCAACAAGUGAUUUGAGCAUCAACAAAGCAUGAUUCCAUUUGGCGCCUGGGAUACACUGGCUGUUAACUUGUCCUCACAUUUGCCAUUUUUAAUUUGUCCAGCACUCAUGCGUUUUGCUAUCGGGGUCGAAAAACACUGGUUGCAUGGGCCACCGGUAUUGGAGGCUCACUACCGGUAGGCAAAAAUGUUUCCUUGUGACAAGCCGUCCCAACAACUUGUGCGAGGGCCAUGAUUUGUGGACACGCAGUGGCGGUCAACCCCAAAACAUACAAAAAAAAAAUGAAAGAAAGAAGAAUGAAAAGCAAAUAGAUUGGAGAGGACAGAUAAACUGUUCUAAUUAUUUCUGUAGGAUGGUUAAAGACCUUGACCAUCCGCUACUACUGCACCGUCUUACCUAGACAUCGUCAGACGGAUGUGUGUGGAAAGUGCAGGUGUGGGGCCUAGGAAGUUAGGAGCAGCGCGCCUGUCAGUUCUCAGCACACUUUUUUUUUUUUUUUAAUGACGCGUCACUAUAAACAGUGUGGCGAUAAGUAGGGUAAGAAAGUGUGACCAAUAUGCCACAAAUGAAGCAGCCAGUUCGCUUUCAGUCACUUCCUCCCAGUACGCACGCAGUUUUGAGAUCGGUGUCUACAGUCAGUGGCCAAUUUAGUUGUUGGUGCUAUUGUAUUUCAGAGAGCCCAUUGCUCUAUCGUCGGCGCGGAAUUUCGCGCAUAAUUCCUUUUUUCGCUGAGAUAAAAAUACCGCAACAGCACCGCGCACGCAUUCUGGCAUAAAACGAGGCACAUUCGGCGCAUGUUAGAUGACUUCAACCUAGCAAUGCUGCCAGAAAGUGGUAGCUCUCGUGCGUGUGAACCUGGCACCCGUAAAUCAUUUGGAAGAUGAGACAGAGAUUAAAAGACUGAAGUAGUUCAAAUGGUGGUAGCUGUUAUAAACAUUGAGUGUCAGGGUGAGCUACUAUCAGACACGCAUCGCAGGAUCCAAACGAAGAUGAGCAGUUAGCCCUGUUCGUUGUGCGUCACCGGAUGACGACGUGUUGUAGCCUUUUAGAAUGAGGCAGUGUAGCUGACAAGUUUAGUGAGUUUAAGACAACGAAUGUAGCGAAAUACUCCGUCGGCUAUUUGUAGAACAAAAGCAUGAUAGUUGAUUUUCUUGCUUAAGAACUUAAUGAACGGAAGAAAAAAAAAGCUCGUGGCAACAAAAGGCGUCGAUAAGCGGCCUAAGUGCAAUUAAGAAAAUAUGAGCAGGGCUGAUAGGCUGAUUCUAACUCGUCUGACCAACUCUGAUCAUCUCCAUCGUUCGCCAGGUGUCGUUCCAGCGUUAUUCCAUGAUCUGGCGGUCGGCGUGACAUACACGAUAAGUGCAGAACAAAAACGAAUGACAAUAGUUUGUAUUUCAUUGGCCCUCUAUUCGUUCUAGUACAUGGCGGCAUGCUGUUGUAAAUUGUUGCAGCGGCACGAAUGGCCACACUCUUUCUUGUUGGAUAUAGUUGUUUUGUUCAGCCAAAGGGAGAGGAAACAGAGCACCUGUUAAAUGGUUUGCAUCACUGCAUGUGCUAAGCACACUUUUUCGUCUGGUUUUGAGAUCCAAAGCUAAAGCCGCAACUACGCUCUAAAGCUAGUCUUUCAAGGCCGGAAAUGUCGUCUGCAUAUAAUAUUGAACAACGAGUGCUUGUUUAUAAUUAGCACCCAUCCCAAAAUGAAAAAAAAAAGAAGCGCUGUUUGGGGUGUUAUGGGUGCGUGUUUUUAACACAACAACAUCAAAACAACGUCUGCUCAGUCUUCAACUUACGCUCGGUUUAUAGUCAGCUCUUGAACACGGGCCACAGCAGCCGCAUUCCAAAUGGCGCGAAAAUAAACAAUGCUGGUUCAUUUUGAAUUUACGUGUUCGUUAGAAAACACUGUGCAAUUAGGAUUGAUCCAUAGUCCACCACCGCGUCACAUACAAUAUGGCAGCUUUCGGAUGUUCGACACCAUCGAUCAUUUUGGAUCCUACUUGAAGAAAAGAGUUUUCUUGAACUUUGCGCUUCUGCUUCCCGGGUAAAGAAAGAGCAGCGACCAACUCUCGUUGCACCUUAAAGCUUUCGUUCUUAAAUGCUGCGGUGUCGAACGACAGGAGAGAAAAAAAGAAGCAACAAUAAAAGCUGCAGCGAAUGGUUCCCGAGUUAUGUCUAUAAUUUGUCUUCAAAAAUAAGAAAUUGCUAACAAAUGUGUUCGCAAGAAAAAAAAAAAAAAAACAACGUUGAAGAGUGCAAUUGGAGCCUGCGUGCUGCUGAAAUCAUUGUGGCACAACUUUAUCUUGUGUAAUUUUUUUGCUGAGAGUGAGUAACAUUUUGGUGUUCAAGACCAGCCGGCCUUGGCUAUCGUACCGUCCUGACCGCCGGCUCUGAACCGAUUGUCGUUGCAUACAACCCGUCCAUGGACGCGCACUUGUGAAGAUUUACAACCUCGCAUUUGAUUCGUUGAACUAGGAACAAGCAAAUGAUGCUUUCCCGUGAUUUAAUCCACGUCUCUGGACUACUUAUACAAUACGGAGAGUGUUUAUGCACUCGUAAAGGCAGUGCACUGACCUUCACAAAGGUGGGAAAUUGGAUGACAACCAUAACAGGACCAUCCACUUAACUGCCGUACAUUUGAGGAUCACUAAUGCUAGAUAUAAAGUUCAGGAAGGUCUACUAAGACUUAAAAUCUGUCUUGUUUCUAUUCUGCUUGUAAGCUGCUCGCGGAAGAGGGUCAUUAUCCAGUGACUGACAUGUAUACACACGUAGUGCUAUGUGUGAAUUUAGUCAACUCGAGGCAGCAAUAGGUGACAAGUACUCGUCACUUAUCACAUCGGCGCGAAGGGUAUGAAACGACGAGGGAGCGAAUUUGAAGAUUACGUAUUUUGAAUUGAAAUUUCUGCUUUUCAAUUGUCUACGAGUUGAGCAACUUCCAGAUGUGAGCGCAGCUGUUACGAAUGGUGACCGCGCUCUCAUAGUACCACCGCGCCCGCCAUGCCGAGUGCGGCCGUCAGUCAUAGACCGCUGCCAAGCUUCACAAAAAACAGCUGCGUUGGCGGAUUUCGUGCUUUUGUGCACGUAAUAGCUGGGCACACUGUGGCGCCUCUUUAUACUGUGUCGACAUCUAGUGAGUGUACGUGCAUUAUUUGUAGUGUGGAAGAGAUGCCGUAGUGUGGAAGAGGACAUUCGUGCCUGACUCAAGUGCCCGCAUCGUUCAUUUCAUUGUGUGCGAGACCAAAAUGGGUGUGCAAAUCGAAGAAUAAAUUAUAUAUUUGCGUCGAA